CAUUGUUGUUGCAGUGGUGUGGUGUGUGUAUUUACAUUCAUUGUAGUGAUGUAAUUAUCGUGUUUUAGGGUGUAGCAGUUCUGUAUUCGCUGGUGCAGACACAGUAAAAGUAGAAAAUAUUUUACAAGUAUUAUCAAAUUUAAAAUAUAUGCUCAAAACAAAGAUAUACAGAAACAGGGUCAGGAUUAUAUAUUUAAUUGCAUUUAUCUCUUUGUUAUACAAUGAGUAUCUCAGUUACACAAUGCACAGAUAUGUUCUCUGGCCAAAUCUUACCUGUGAGAAAUCUCAUGAGUGUGUCAGCAUUCUCUUUGUUGCUGAUCCACAAAUUAUUGGUGAACAAUUUGAGAUGCCAUUUCCUAUUGGGACCUUAGCUAGGUGGGACUGUGACAGAUAUUUACGUAACACAUUCACAAGGGCAGUUUCUCAAAUGCAACCUCAUGCAGUCAUUUUUUUGGGUGAUUUGAUGGAUGAGGGAAGUGUGGCUACAAGAGAAGAGUAUCAGCGAUACAUUGAGAGAUUUUUCAACAUUUUCCACACACCUCAAGAGAUUCAGGCAAUUUACAAUCCAGGUGACAAUGACAUUGGUGGUGAAGAUGACAGUAUAACAGAACAAAAGCUGCAAAGAUAUAAACUAACUUUUAGUCAGCCUGAUCAAAUUGACAUUAAAAACAUUACUGUAUAUAAGGUGAACAGGCUGCUGUAUACAUUUCCACAGCCCGAAUUGCAUACCAAGAGCCUGUCUAGCAAAAUGUCUAUUAUUGCUUCACACAUGCCGCUCUUGUUUACACCAAAUGACUUUGUGAGAAAGGUUGUUAAAAAGCUAAAGCCAGAAAUAAUUUUCUCGGCUCAUGAUCACAAAUCAUUGCAUACAACUAUGCAUAUAUUGAGGCCAGGUGAUGACACUGUUAUACAAGCUCUGCUUCCAAGUAGUGGUCCGGUUUGGAAAUUUUUUCUCCAGACGGAAAUAGUACAAGAAAUAAUGGUGCCUACAUGUUCAUACAGAAUGGGAGUGCAGGAUGUAGGCUAUGGUGCUGCCUUGUUUGAUCUCACAGAUAAUACUGUUCUUUACACCGUGCUUUGGCUACCAUAUCGUUUUUAUCACAUCAUAUCUUACGUACUGCUGCUGUUAUUAAUAAUUUUCAAUCUCUCAUUAUCUCUGGUUGCUAAGACAUAUAGAAGAAUAUCAAAUGGAUUUAAGUCUUGCCGAUUUUCACAUGUUUAGAGAAGAUUAUAAAUUUAUUUUCUUUACAUGCACCAUGAUAUAGCAUGAGUUCUUUUAAACUGCACCAGUUUUGUAAGAACCGGGUAGCAAUAUUAUCGUAACAUCAUUUUUAUGUUGAAAAUGCCCAUAUGAUUACUAUUUGUAAAUGCAUUCUGGUCAUUUGAAGGUAUCAUGUUUUUGUGACAUCCUUCAGUUUCAGUAUUUUUCUCUUUUUUAACAAUGUAUUGUUACUGUACAGAUUUUAUAAAGCAUUCUGCCUGCAUGAGCUAUCUACUCCAGUAUUAAUACUACUCCUCCAUGCCCCAUUUGCAAGAUUACAUUGGAUACACUGUAUAAUUUCUAAGUCUCUGUUUAAAAUUUCUGUGUUUUCAUGUAUUUGUGUCAUGUAAGAAUACAGGGUUCAAUAAGAUUUUUAAUGAGCACAAUUCAGAACACCUACAGUUAGAAUAUUUCUUUUUCUUUCACUCUUUUUCUAUUUUUCUGCAGUCGUGCAAGAACCAAACAAAUCAGUGCAUUAAACAGUAGAUUAACUAAAUGAGAAAAAAACAUAAAAUAAAAAAUAAAGGAAAUACUGUCAGAUUAUAUAAUUUGUUCAUUUGAGGGAACUAUAUUUCCUUUGAGUUAUAUACUGCAAUUCACCAACUGCUAUUAAUAAAGUAAUGACUAAGUACAAAGUGAAAAUUGUAGGUUAUGUACAAAGUUAAUCCUAUAAUUUUUUUUCUGAUCAGUUCCUAAUUUUCACGACUUGGCUGUUUCCAUGUCGUAAUGUGGUGAAUUUAUAUUGUAUAGUAUCAAUGAAAUGACAUAUCCAGUAUUAAUGUAAGAGUUUUAUAAAUAUUACGAAUAAUCUAUUGAAAAUGUAUGUACACUAAUUUUGAUUUUAGGUUGACAUAUGUCACUGCAGGCGAAAGAUUGCCCACAUUGUACUUAUACUUUACUCAUCAACAGUUGAGUAUUCUAAAUGUGAAAUAACAUUUGGUUCAUUAUUAA